AUGCCCAUCACAUCAAUUCAGGCAUCCCAACGCCUAGACUCACGCGGAAAGCCAACAGUACAGACCACCCUAACAACAGAGCAUGGCAUCUUCACCUCUAUCGUUCCCUCCGGAGCAUCAAAAGGCGACUACGAAGCCGUCGAGCUCCGCGACAACGACAAGACCGCAUACCAAGGCAACGGCGUGUUGCACGCAGUACACAACGUGAACAACGUCCUCGGCCCAGCACUCGUCAAAGCAAACUUCGACCUGUCCACGCAGCUCAAAGCCGUCGACGCUCUGCUGAUCGACCUCGAUAAGACGUCGGACAAGAGCAAUCUCGGCGCCAACGCGAUCUUGUCUCUGAGCAUGUGUGCUGCGCGCGCGGGAGCAGCGGCGGCUGGGAUUUCGCUAUACGCUUUCAUUGCGCGGGAGAUGGGCGCAACCUCGACGGAUUUCGUGCUACCGGUGCCGUUUAUGAAUGUGUUGAAUGGCGGUGACCACUCCGGCAACGCAAUGGCGUUUCAGGAGUUCAUGAUUGCGCCUGUGGGCGCGGAGUCGUUUGCGGACGCGGUUCGGUUUAAUGCGGAGACGUAUGCGUGCUUGAAAGGGUUGAUUGUGAAGAAGUAUGGGAAGGCGGCGAUCGGGAUCGGUGAUGAGGGCGGAUUUGCGCCGCCUAUCUCGCACCCAUCCGAGGCGUUGGAUUUGUUGGUGCAGGCAAUCGAGGACGCGGGACACACUGGCAAGAUCAAGGUUGGUAUCGAUCCGGCUUCGCAGUCUUUCGAGAAGGCCGGUGAAUACGAUUUGGGAUUCAAGACAGAUACCGCGCAAAAGAUGGGUAGCGGAGAGCUUACAAGGCUUUAUCGUGAGCUGUUGGACAAGUACCCCAUCGUGCUACUGGAGGAUCCGUUCGGGCAGGACGAUUGGGAUGCGUGGAUGCAAUUUAAUAAGGAUUGCGAAGUGGAACUCGUUGGGGACGACUUGCUCGCGACGAACAUUGAGCGAAUCAAGAUGGCAAAGAGAAAGGCUGCUUGUGAUAGUCUCUUGCUCAAGAUCAACCAGAUUGGUACUCUCUCUGAAGCACUUGCUGCUGCCAAGGAAGCCUUCUCAUACGAUUGGUCUGUCUUUGUGUCUCAUCGGUCAGGCGAGACGACGGACGACUUCAUCGCAGAUCUGACGGUGGGUGUUCGAGCCGGUCAUCUCAAGUCCGGCGCGCCAUGUCGCGGUGAGCGGGUGGCUAAAUACAAUCGAUUGAUGGACAUUGAAGAUGAGCUGCGUGCCAGAGGAUUGAGGUAUCGAUAUGCUGGAGAGGGCUUCAGGAGAGCGCAUGCAAGCUGA